UUAACUUCACCGUUCUCUCUCUCACACAGAGUCAAAAUUAACUAAGAUGGGAUGUAGUUUUGUAGCUGUGUUUGUAUAUGGAUUUCUGGCUCUGAAUUGCUUCAAUGGCUUUGGAUCAAAUGCUGAUCAACUUCUGCCUCAAGAAGAAGUGGAAGUUCUUAAAACAAUAUCCAAAAAGCUACAGCUGAGCGGUAUUUGGAACAUCACUCGAACUUCUUGUUGGGCCAGCACUGGCUUGAAUGUGACUAACACCGAUAAAAUAAGCAAUGUCACAUGUGAUUGUUCUUCCGGAAGCGGUACUAUUUGCCAUGUCAAAUCCAUCCAGUUGAAGAGCCUCAGUCUAGCGGGAGUUAUACCUGAAGAAUUUGGCAAUCUUACUCAUCUUGAAGAACUUGAUCUCACUCGCAACUACCUCAAUGGAUCAAUCCCCCCAAGCCUUUCUCGUGCACCCCUGCGCAUUCUGAGUGUACUGGGAAACCGACUCAGUGGUUCCAUUCCUCCAGAGAUUGGUAACAUUAGAACGCUCAGGGAGCUGGUAUUGGACAAUAAUCUUUUGGAUGGCAGUCUUCCUCCGGAGCUUGGGAGAUUGAAUAACUUGCGAAAACUUGUGCUGAGUGCGAACAAUUUUACUGGACCAAUACCAGAAACGUUUGGAAACUUGUUGAACUUGACAGAUUUUAGGAUAGAUGGGAACAGAAUAUCAGGGAUCAUACCUGAACUUAUUAGGAACUGGACAAAUCUUGGUAGACUGGAUAUGCAGGGCACAUCCAUGGAGGGUCCUCUUCCUUCCAUCAUAUCAAAUUUGAAAAACUUGACUCAAUUGAGAAUAUCUGAUUUGGGAGGACCAAGUACAACUUUCCCCAAUUUGAGAGAUUUGAAGCUUUUGCAAGUAUUGGUAUUGAGGAAUUGCUCAAUUAAUGAUAAAUUUCCAGAUUACAUUGGAGAGCUGAAAAACUUGAAGACAUUGGACCUGAGUUUCAACAAGUUGACUGGUGUAAUUCCAGAGGAGAUGGGGAGAAAAUCCAAACUAGAUUUCGUGUUUUUGACCAACAACUCGCUGACUGGAGAAGUACCAAAUUGGAUAAUAAAACCCAAAGCCCUAUUUGAUUUAUCGUACAACAAUUUCACGAAACCAACUGACCAGCUUAGUUGUUCAGCGAUGGAAAAAGUGAAUCUAGUUUCAAGUUACAGAGAUUCUGAGACCAAUUCGUGGUGCUUGAAGAAGGAUCUUCCCUGCCCAGAAAAACCAAAAUACCAUUCUUUGUUUAUCAAUUGCGGAGGGCCGAGCAUAAAAGUUAAUGGGAGUGAAUACGAAGAGGACCGAAGCUUAGGGGGUUCGGCAGACUUUUUUGUUUCAACAUCAAAAAAAUGGGCCUAUAGCACUACUGGGGAUUUUGAGAGUGGCGAGAACACUUUCAAAGAACAAACAAACGAUACGACAACACUUUAUGGAACGGCACGCCUGGCUCCUCAAUCAAUUAAGUACUAUGGUCUUUGUUUGGUACAAGGCAGUUACAAAGUGCAGCUUCACUUUGCUGAGAUAGUUUUUUCUGAUGACCGUACAUUUAGUAGCCUUGGCAGGCGCAUAUUCGAUAUCUCAAUUCAAGGAAAAAUAGUUGAGAAGGAUUUCAACAUUGUGGAGAAAGCUGGAGGUGCUCACAGAGUCACUACCAAGACAUUUGAUAAUAUUUUUGUUAGUGGUGGCACUCUGGAGAUCCACUUAUAUUGGGCUGGGAAAGGAACCAAUGCUCUUCCUCAACGGGGUUCGGGUGCCUAUGGACCUCUUAUAUCUGCUAUUACUGUCACACCAAACUUUAGUGUUGAUACUGGCCUCUCUGUUGGAUCGAUUAUUGGCAUUGUAGCUGGAUCAUGUGUGCUUGUCCUGUUUAUUUUAUUAUGGCUUAGAAAGAAGGGCUAUUUAGGGGGAAAAGACCUCGAAGAUCCAGAGCUACGUGGGUUAGAGUUACAAACAGGAUAUUUCUCACUAAGACACAUAAAAUCUGCUACUCGUAAUUUUGACCCUGCAAACAAGAUAGGCGAAGGAGGUUUCGGGCCCGUUUACAUGGGUACACUAUCAGAUGGUCGCGUGGUUGCUGUUAAACAACUCUCAUCAAAAUCAAAGCAAGGCAAUCGUGAAUUCCUCAAUGAGAUAGGCAUGAUAUCUGCAUUACAACACCCAAAUCUAGUGAGGCUUUAUGGUUGUUGCAUUGAAGGAAACCAAUUGUUGCUCGUCUAUGAGUACUUAGAAAACAAUAGUCUUGCUCGUGCACUUUUUGGUCCCAAGGAACAUCAACUAUCCUUGGACUGGCAAACAAGACAGAAGAUAUGUGUGGGGAUAGCAAGGGGUCUAGCUUAUCUUCACGAGGAGUCAAGGUUGAAAAUUGUUCACAGAGAUAUAAAGGCAACCAACGUGCUUCUUGACAAGGAUUUCAAUGCCAAGAUAUCUGAUUUCGGUUUAGCAAAGCUUGAUGAAGAAGAGAACACUCAUAUCAGCACACGGAUAGCUGGGACAAUAGGUUAUAUGGCUCCAGAAUAUGCAAUGAGGGGUUACUUGACCGAUAAAGCCGAUGUUUACAGCUUUGGAGUGGUGGCUUUGGAGAUUGUUAGUGGGAAGAGCAACACAAAUUACCGGCCAAAGGAGGAGUUUGUUUAUCUUCUUGAUUGGGCUUACUAUCUACAAGAACAAGGCAACAUUUUGGAACUUAUUGACCCCAUUCUUGGUUCAAAUUACUCCAAAAAUGAGGCUAUGUCAAUGCUUCACUUGGCUCUCUUAUGCACCAAUCAGUCUCCCAGUCUCAGACCACCCAUGUCUGCUGUUGUCAGUAUGCUUGAAGGAAAAAUUCCAGUCCAAGCACCAAUAGUCGAACGCAGCUCGAUGGACCAUAACGCAAGGUUCAAAGCCUUUGAGAAGAUAGUAUUUGACAGCCAAAAAGACAUUUCUUUGUACCCUAAUGACACUCAAGAAUUAGGCAUGUCUUCUGAUGCGCCUUGGAUUGAUUCCUCUGUUUCUCUCCACACUACGGACGAUGUCUCAUCAAAUACUAAGCUCCUCUCACAUGAUGUCUAGGCUGUAGAAUGGAAUAAGAUGAAGAGAAAACUAUCAUUAUAUUUGGUACUUCCAGGAAAGACUUGCAGCUAGCCUAAGUUUGGUUGGUGAGUUUAUAUAUACUUGUUUAGAAGUAAAGAUAACAGUUGAAAAUUUCAUGGGAAUUAUCAUUCUUAACUCAAGUUAAAUGUUUGUUGUGAAAUAUAGAUCUAUUGAUUCUUUAUUUCCAAAAAAAUAUCUUCUUUUAAUGAAUUUUUAGAAACAAAGUACUACAUUUUAUGAAAGGGGAGUUUAGCAAUGGCCUGUUUUUAUAAUACGA